AAACAUGGGGGAUGGUCAAACACGUUUGAUAUUUUUGACACUCAGUUUUUGUCUUACUUCUUUAGAAGCUAGCCCUCCAAACAGAGAAAAGACAGAUUUGUCACUGACAAAGUUUCGUCAAAAGUCACAAACUUCUCAAAGCAUCCCUGAUCGAAAAGAGGAAACGCUGCGGGAGCUUGGAUAUAACAGAUCCCUAGAAAAACGCAUAAAUGGGCGAUGUACAUGUCCAGACGGAGGACACAUCUGUGCAUGUGCAAGAGGAAGGCUGUCUCCAGACGACUUGAUUCCGACAAACGGACAAAAUGAAAUACCUGAUGUACCGGUUGGAAUACACCCGCUUUUUGCUAGCAUUUUCCAAGAACAGGAAGAACAGGCAGAAGGUCGUACAUGGGUAGUAAGAAAAUCACCUAUUACACAGGAGCAGGGAUCAGAACAGACAAGUGAUAAGAGGUUGGUGCUCUCAAGGCAGUAAGGAAUCCUCAUGUAAAUAUUAAACCUCAAACGAAUGGAACCUAGGUGGUGGAAAACUACUGUUGGUACCAAAUUUUAAAAAUUUUCCAUACAAAAAAACAAGUGCUAUCUGGAUCCAAAUUAACUAGUUGUGUACAGGACUAGCUAUGACUAAGCCUAGCUUGAUCCUCAUACUUCUUUUAAUUUGUGUAAUAUGAAAAAAAUAGAAAUCUGUUAACAGGAAUAAGAGUACACAUAUUGUUAGCUGAGUAAUAAUGUACACCAUGGCCCAGGAACGCC